UAUCUGUUCUUAUCAGCUUAAUAUCUGAUACGGGGGACAUCGUCCCCCAAGAUAUUAAACUAUUUUUUGGAACAGGGCUGAGUGCUCGGGGCUUGCUCCACCUCAGCCGCGGGUUGGCCUGGUAUAGCACUACCUCCAGGACCGGCCCACCUUAUAAAGUACCAAAAAUAUGUUUGUACUGGAGGGUUCUGAACUGUACUGUUGCGCGUUGGACUCUCUUUGCAUGAAAGAAAAGCUGAGUUUGAAAGAAUUAAAACUGAGCGUUUGUAAGCAGUCUGUUCACAGCUGGGGAAACUGAGUUAAAGGAGAAGGAAAAUGAUCUUUUGUCGUUCUUGAAAAAUAUUUAGUUCAGGAACAUACGUUGGUAAUCGGUUAGAAACAUGGAUAGUUAGAAUUAUUAUUGCAGUCUGACUAGAAUUGCUUGAAAAGAUUGUUCAUUUAAAAUAACUUAAUUACAUGAUGCGUGUUUAAAUCGAGUUUGUUGAGAAGCUAUAUACGCCAGAGCUCACUAAUAUUAUCAAGAGUCAGUUAGAUGAAAAUUAUAGCUUAAACAAAGUUACUUCGAUCUUUGAUUAUCUGCAAAUACGCACAAUUUCCUGGCGUUAAAUUUGCUGACGUUCAAUAGAAGCGCCUGCAUGACAAACCGAUACGUUUGUGGUACGUUUAGGCAGCUUUGUCUGAUACUCUUUGUGAUACGCUAAAGUAAAUACAUAUCGUAAGUUGCACCCCGAGCGAGACGAAAAAACUAGUUACUAGUUGCAGCUGCUACAACAUUUGGGGUGUGUGUGUGAGAGUGUGUGUGCGCGCGCGUGUGCGUGCGCGCGUGCGUGCGUUUGUAAACGUUACUGAGACCGGAGGCCAUUUUUCUGACAAUUGAAGCACACCUAUUUUUUUCAAAAUGGUGUUCUACUUCACAAGCACGGUAACUAACCCUCCAACGCAACUGUACAUGGGCGCCGACAAAUAUGAAAAUGAGAAGCUCAUUCGGUGGGGUUGGCCAGAAGAUGUUUGGUUCCACGUCGAUAAUUUAUCUUCCGCGCACGUGUAUGUUCGUCUAAAGGAGGGUCAAACAAUAGAUGAUAUUCCCCCGGAGCUCAUUAUGGAUUGCGCUCAACUCGUUAAACAUAACUCUAUACAGGGGUGCAAAGAAAGCAGUGUCGAUGUUGUCUAUACAAUGUGGAGUAACCUUAAAAAAACUCAAGCAAUGGUGGAUGGACAAGUGGGUUUCCAUGAUGAAAAGGCGGUGCGAAAAAUUCGCGUCGAAAAAAAGGACAACUCAAUUACCAACAGACUUACUAAGACCAAGACAGAGGCCCAUCCGGAUUUCCGUGAAAUGCGCGAGGAACGAGACCGCAAGGAGCGUGAAGUCAAGCGCGAACAGGAGCGGCUAAAACGGGAACGUGAAAAAGAAGAGGCAAAGCGGCGUGAGGAAUUAAAAAAGCUCAAAAGUUACGAUUCCCUCAUGAAGCCCGAAAAGAUGACGACGAACGCUGAUGCUGCGGGAUACGACUCCGAUGACUUUAUGUAAAGAUCGAAACAGAACUCGUAAAAAUAAAUAGGAAAGAUAACAGAGGAGUAGAUAGAUAAAGAGGAGCGUCUCAGUGGAUACGGAUCAGUUCCGCAGUGUAUUUUGAAAAUAAAAAUAUGAACAUUGUUUGCUUGAUGGUGUGAGGGCGGAAAGCUGGGGAUAGCCCGUAACACAAGAAAGACGAGCAUCGGCUAAUCUAUUUCGAAAUUUGCUAUAUAUUUGCGUUUGUUAUAUUAUUUACAGUAAAAACACUGACGGAAAGACAUUGAAAACAUGACCAUGUAUCAGAUUGAGGUAGACGCUAAUUUUGGUAUAACAUAUAAAACGUUGGAUGGCUAUAGCUGAAAACGAUAUUGAGCCCCAGUUAGGAAUAAAGUGAAAUUACAUUGGAGCGUAAUAGCAACUUGUUUGAAAUCUGGCAAACUCAUCCCCGGUUGAGAACAGGGAAGUCUUUGUUGUUACAUUAUGAUUGUAACAUUUGCGCAGAAGGCAACGAAUGGAAAGUUCCAACGUUUUGAGCAGGCAUGGCAAAAUCUAUGCCCGGAACGCGGUUUACGGUAGAAGUAGCCAUAGUCAAGGCUGUUCAAAAUAUUAGGCUACUGGCAAUUGGUUAUUUUGGAAGCGUGUUGAGUGUGCAGGGGAGUGCAAUAAAUUUUAGGGAUUGAAGUAAAUCUAUUCAUACUGUACAGUUGUAGAAGAAUGGGGUAUGACGUUAACCAAAUUCUGUUCUGUUCUUUUAGAACUGCCCGGUGGCAAUGCCACCGAUUUGUGUAAGCGUCGUUUAAAUGUCUAUUCGUCAAGACGAAACAAAUAUUGCCGACGCGACGAUGAUUCCAUAAUUCGAAAGUUUAAUUCGUAUAAUAAAUGCACCAAACAUGGUAAAUAUUUGUGGUAUAUGUAUAUUUUAUAAGACAUUGAUUUAUGGAUACAUAAAUUGAAGGCAUAAGUGUAUUUUUGCGCCACCGAUACGUUCUUAUGUAGUAAAUCAACAAUCUAGUUUCAAUCUAGAUCAACAAUCUAGAUUGAAUAAAACUCGUUCUUUGGUGGAAUACUAGUAGGAUACAAUAAUAGUGACAAUAUUUUGGUUGUCGAAGAUUUUAUUGAUAAAUUAUGUGAGCUGAAAGGUAGUUGAAUAGAACUUGGCAUGUAUUCAGUAGUUUCCAAUGCUUGGGUUAUGGAUCGCUGUCGAAACUCGUUGUAAUCUACGGAAAAGCGUCUACUGUCGAUCUCGUUUUCCAUAAAUUAUGAUUGAAAAAGAACAUAUAUAAUAAUAAUUUUCCUACUAGCACAGAAUUGUAUAGGAGCAUAUUGUAUCCUUUGUAUAAUAUGUAGAACAUCAACUCAAAUCGUCAUAUAAACGUGGACAGAAUCCACGAUAGCAGGCGACGCUCAAGUAUUGAGUUUAAGCUCUAAGAUAUUGUGGGGGGUGCUUAAGCAUUCAUGAAAAGUUAUUAGGCAAUUGUAGCAGACAGAAUUAAUUCCAACUAAUAAGGACAAAUGGAGCGCAUCGCGAUGCUGCUAUGACAUCGUUUACAUGACUCCUCUCGUAUCAGUGAAAUAAAUGAUGAGACGAGAUCAUUUGAAGUUGGC